AUGGACAUCAGGCUGUGGGGCGUUCCUUUAUUGCCAAGCAAGAGCCACGAGGGCACGGACCACGUCCUCACGAAAUUCCUGAAGGCGCGGAACUACAAGGUCGGCGAGGCUUUCGAGAUGCUCCAGGAGACGCUCUGGUGGCGGAGGCAGCACAGGGUGGACGAGACCGCCGGCGAGGCUGCCCUUGGACCCGACGAGCUGGCCUCGUGGACGAUGUACGUGAGGAGCGUCGACAGGGAGGGCCGUCCGCUGUGUUAUCACGUGUAUGGGGCGUUGGAGGACAGGGAGGCGUACAAGAGGGCGCUGGGGACGAAAGAGAGGGUCGAGGAGUUCAAGAGUUGGGCCCUGCAGUUCAUGGAGAGGGUUGCCAGGAGGCUGAGCUUCAAGGACGGAGGGGUCGACUCGGUGGUUCAGAUCACGGACUUGAAGAAUAUGCGCUCCCGGAGCGUGAAGGAGGUGCGGGGCGUGCUCCGGACCACCUUCCUGAUGGUGCAGGAUCACUACCCUGAGCUCGUCCACAGACAUAUAAUACUAAAUGUCCCACAUUGGUACCACACCUUCCACUUGCUGCUCUUGCGGCUUCUGCAUCAAUCCGACAAGAGCAAGUUCAUCCUCGCGAGACCGGCUAAAGUCACCAAGACCCUUCUCAAAUUCAUCAACCCAGAAGACCUGCCCGUGGAAUAUGGCGGUCUCUUGCGAGAGAAUGACGAGGAAUUCUCGAACCUGGACAAGGUUUCGGAGGUCCUCGUCGGAGGGAACACGACCAAGAGCAUUCGAAUCCCGAUUGCUGAGGCCGGCCCGACGGUGGUGUGGGACUUGAUGGUGGUGGGGUGGGACGUGUCAUACAAGGAGGAGUUCGUGCCGGAGGACGAGGGCUCGUACAGGGUGAUGCUUAACCAGUCGAAGAAGCUGAGGGAGAGCGUGAGGAACUCCUACUACAUCAACGAGCCCGGCGAGCUCGUCAUCACCGUCCGCAACCCCGCCUUCAAGAAGAAGAGAGUGCUCUACCGCACCAAGUUCAAGCCCACCGUCCCCAUGUACGUCUUCUUCAAGUCAUAAGUGAAAAGGCCACACUGAGGCAACAUGAAUGCAUGUUAAUUACUCAUCUACUAUCUUUGCUGAUGAUUAUUUAUUA